AUGGGAUUGAAUUAAAGAAGAGUUGUUCUAGUAGGAUCACUUAAAUUUAAAAGUGAAGAAUUCUAUUUCAGUACCAAAAAUUGGAUUGCUUAUCCUAAUUUUUACUCCAUGAUAAAAUUCUCUUAAGCUAUCAGUUCCUUCUAAAAAAUGAAGGGAAAGAAAGUGUAGAUCUAAAUGGAUGAGAAUACUGGUAGUUGGAACUUUUUCUGA